UCUUUAUUUGCAUUAAAAAUGCGGAAGAUUAAGGAACUCAUGGUAUUCCCGUCUUUCCGUCAACAGGUAGUAGCACUAAAGUAUAUAUUAGCCAUUACAUCAAAAGUUAAUGGCCAUUCAAGAAGACCUCCGCCGUCAACAAGUUAAUGUAUAUAAUGACAUUUUCUGAUCAAGGACAGUCAAGAAGACGACCGCCGUCAACAGAUAAGUUUUAUAUAAGCUACAUCGCAUGACACUUCCUUAUCAAAGGACAGGCAAGACGACGUCCGCCGUCAACAGAUUAGUUUUACAUAAGCUACAACGCAUGACAUUUUCAUAUCAAGGUAGGAUUGGAUUCAACGACAUAGAAUCCUGAAACAUCAAUGAUGGCAGAUGUCGAGAUAUUUUCCGAUGAGUUUUUCGGGUUUGCUGUGCCUAACUAUUCGCCUACACCAGAGCCUGACUUCAGCUCGGACAAUGUACUAAGCAGGAUCUCAACGUUGUCUGUGAACGAGGCCGACUUAACGCCAACGGGUACGACGCGUAGGCCUACAAGCGGUCCAGUGGAACAUGAGAUGCCGCAUGUCGACUCUGACUAUAACAACCCUGACACAAACUCUGACGCUUCUGUCACCCUAUCGGAUGAUUGUAAAAGUGUAUCAACCGAAGACAAGGAUCAUACAAGCAGUCCCACACACCACCCAGUAGCACGUGACUCUGGUAAUAGCCACAUCGAUACAAGCAAGGAUACUUCUGAAAAUGAAAUCAAUGAUUGUGAAUGUGGAUCGCCUGAGAAUGUGAAUGAAGACCUCAAAGAACGUCAAACUCAUAUCGAGUUUCAACUAACUAGAUCACACAAAGAAAAUGCUGGGUUUUCUCUGACGUCAUCACGAUUAUCUGGUCACACGAUCUGUGUAACCGACAAUGAUAACAGCCACGUGCAGCACAUGGGUCUACAGACUGAUGACUCAAUCGUUGGGGUCAAAAACGUGGACGUUCGUCUAUACGACCAUCACAUAUUGGUCUCCGUGUUACAACAUAUCUAUGGAGAAGACAGUGGAUUCUUCAAAAUGGUGAUUGGUCGAAAUUUUGAGACGGACGACAGAGGACAGAAUGAAGUCCGUUAUAUUGAAAUUAACGUACAGUUUGAAUUUCCUACACGUGGAGAUACUAUUCUACGAAUGACCGUCGAUGUCGUCACUUGCCCAUAUUUGACGUUCACCAAAAUUAUUUGUGUGGAGUUUAAAGGCUCCAAGGUGUGUUGGAUCAAGAACAAUGACCAACACUUGAGUGUCCAGGAUAAACAACUGACCACGAGUAACCCCUUCACCGGUAAAAGUGACGUCAAAUUUCAGUUCCAAUGGUGGACCUUUCAUGGACUGGAGGCUCGGACGGUCAGUAACUCAAUGUGUCCACCAGUCUUCUUCUGCGCCUUCAGAUCUUUAGACAGCAACACAUUUGUCACAGUACAGAGUGGCAAUCGAGUCGGGAUAGGAGAGAGUUCCUCUCUUUCUCGUGAUAUCUCAACGGUACGGAAACCGGACUGUCGGUUCUUCAAGGUCCGUCUGAUGAAAAACCACAAAUAUCUUUUGGAGUCACUGGUAUAUGAAGGUGUGUACUUAAGAUGUGGAAAAAAUGGAUUAUCGAUGAAAAAGCCAAAAUCAGAUUUAAACCAUUUCUACCAAAUCUCGCCAGAACUGCAGUUUGAUAUAUUCACGUGAAACGGCAAUGCACUGAUGUAAAAUUCUUCAAGAUACGCCAAGCAGAUCGUUCUGAAGGACAAACAUCACAUGAUUAGACAAACUUCCGGUGGCCGAAGCGAGUGGACGGACAAUGGCGAUCUCUCGUAUAAUAAUGUAACCCUAACCUCUACUUGACUCAUCAUGAUCUACUUGGUUGCCUCUACAUAUUAAUGGAUACCACUGGUCAAACUACUCCACAUUCAUCGUAAUUUUGAAGACGGAUAUUCUUCAUUCUUCGUUCUCUACAUGUGAUUAGCGGUCACCGUAGUCCAGUGAGAAGUCGCCAUGUUUCGUUAAAAUAUAUACAUGUAUACAUGUACACGUCGUCCACUGAUUCAUCUCACAUUGUAUCAUACAUUGUAUCGUAAAAUGAUAGGAGUUGCUUCCCCUACGCCAGGCAAAAUUAGUAAGACGCUGUCGCAAGCGACCGUCUUUUGUUUUAGCGUGGGUGCCGUCCCCUUAUCUAAGCGUUUCGGUGACAUUGAGAGACAACAGCACAACAACAACAUGGAGAGAUUUGGGCAGACGACAACGGAAGAAAUAGACAAGAAGCGACUAAACAGUCAGUCUGCCCAAACGCAAAAGGCCAACAAGACGUGUGUGAAGUGUUUUAAGGAUUUUCUCAUGGAGAAACAUCAGGAUUGUUAUGUUUUUGUUAUAUAACUAAUAUUAUUUUCCUUUAUAAAAGUUGAUUAAAUUUGUUAAAUAUUCAUAUUGUUUUGUUAUGCAUUACAUCACUAUCAUUUUAAGCAAAAAGGGUCCUCGAUGCGAUAAAUUAUCGAAUACUGCGAUACUGCGAUACAGUAAGAUGUAUAGGAGGCUCGGGCUCCACCCUCGCCCCCUAUAAAUCUUACUGACCCUCUAUGGUUCUGUAGAGGGUCAGUAACUGACUAUAUAACUAAUAGUAUACAUGGAUACUGUAUACUGUUUUGAAUAUAUUCUUAUUAAACUUAUGCCCUAGUUACAGGCAAUGUUUACAUGUAUUAUUCUAACCGACUCAUGUGUAUGUCAUCCUGAUGCUGUCAAGUCAUUCAUAUUGUGUAACUUGACUUUAGUAUAAAUUAUUAUUUACACAAUUGAUGCAUUCUAACUGGAGAUGUACUUGUAUUUAUAGCAGAAUCGUGUAUGUAUAUGUACGCAUACACCACGUAUGUAUCAUGUGCAUCAAUAAAUUACGUGACUAUAUUUAUCUAUAGAAUAUAAUAAAUGUAUUACCACUUGGAAUACAUGCAUAUGUGUAUUAUCUACACGGUGAAUACUAUAUAUAUACAUGUACUACCAAUAUAAUAAAAUGUAUAAUAUAAUGUAUGUAUAGUAUAUCCCUUGUAAAACGAACAAACUCAUCAGCCAUAAAUUACUCAUCUCAAUCUUUUAUUAACA